AUGAGUUUGCAGCGCAGUCCUCCUACUGGAUCGCACCUCGACCUCACCAAGCUACGGGAUUUUGACUCUUCACAAGGCAUUACCCUCAGAAAGAAAAAAUCCCCCGAGUGUGAAAUUACUGGUUUCCGCGAGGAGCUGAGUAACUCGCUUUCUUCAUAUCGUCGUGACAUGUCCGAGACGUUAGCAGCUUUUAAGGAAAGUAUGAUGGCAUCACUAAAGGAACUGCUUGACCAGCAAAGUGACAAAAUAUGCAAGUUGUGUGAGGAUAUCAGUGAUGUGAAGCAGCAUAUGUCUUACCUGAAUAAAACUACCGAAAACAUGUCCUGUGAAAUUAAUGACAUUAAAGUUAACAUAACGACCCUGAAUAAACAAAUUGAAUCGACAAAUAUGAGAGUAUGUACCCUAGAAAAAGAAUUGUCUGAAAAAAACCACGUCAUUACCUCCCUAUCCACACAGCUCGGCGACAGAGAGCAGCAAGGUCGCUUGAAUAAUUUGGAGAUUGCCGGAAUCCCGUUCAAGAGAAGCGAAAACCUCAAUACUAUCCUAAACUGCAUCGCAACUAAGGUUGGAUUCAUAAUAUCACCUUCUGAUGUCGACUAUAUUCACAGAGUCAGGCGAUAUCCUCGUAAUGAUGAUAAUAAGAAAACCAUACUUGGUCGAGAAUCAUCUGACAUCCCGAAUAUCAUAGUACGAUUUACUCAAAGAAAAAGAAAAUCCGACAUGUUGGCGGCAGUGCGCGUGCGCCGCGGCCUGACUACAGCUGACUUAGGCCUGGACGGCGCCUCAAGACCGGUUUUUAUUAAUGACCAUCUGGCACCACAUAAUAAAAUCUUAUUUGGAAAAGCGCGUAAACUAGAUGCGAUCGAGACUCUUUUUCCACGCAAUGCACGCGUGGCGGUGGCGUCAUAA